AUGGAAGCAAGAAGGAGAAUGGUUGUCUGCUGGAAAGAAAAUUUAGUUCUUGUGGUAAUGAAAUAUGUAAGAGACAUCAGCCUUAAGCUAGGUGAUUAUACUGUUUAUACAACCAGUGAUUACAAAGCAGAAGUAAUUGAGACUAAUAGAAGACAUGAAGUAAUUCUAAAUGAACAAAGGUGCUCUUGUCGUCUGUGGCAGGUGUCGGGCAUUUCUUGUGUGCAUGCUAUAGCUUUUAUUGGUACUAUGAAAGAUGCAAAUUUGAAAAAUUAUGUCUCGGAGUACUUCAUUGUUGCCAAGUAUAAGACUGCCUAUGCAUUAGAAAUUGGAUCAUUACCUAACAAGGCCCAAUGGAUAAAAGUUGAUAUUGGAUACAAGGUAUUGCCUCCUAACCUCAGUCUAAGACCUCCAGAAAAGCCUAAAAAGGAGAGAAUUAGGAGUACAGAUGAGAAUACAUCGAAGAAGAUGCACAAAUGCCUAAGAAAAUGA